AUGGUGAUAGCCCACAGAGCUCUGAGGGAUAAGUUGUUCCGGGAUAAACUGGCGUCGAGUACCGAUGCCGCCAUCCUGUUCGAUGCCGGGGGCGGCCAGGCCCAAGGUGGACGGCCGUAUCAAGAAGACCGCUGUACAGUGAUGUUUCCAGAACAAUUUCCCUCCAAGACCACCGACAAGAUUGCAUUUCUUGCAAUCUACGAUGGACAUGGCUCAGGUCUUGUUUCGGAUCAUGUCCACCAGAGUCUGCACCACACCAUCGCGCAACGUCCCGAGCUUGAGCGCGAGGAUUGGGCGGGGGCCAUCAAGGCAGCCCUUGCCGAGGAGGAUCAAAGGCUUUUGGAUCGGUUCAAGCAUGAGACGGCGGAGCCAGCGAUAUCCGGAUCCACGGUAGCGAUAUGUUGCAUCAAUCUCACCCAGGGCGAGUUGAUCGUCUCCAAUCUGGGCGACUCGCAUGUCAUCCUGGCCGAGCGCGAGGCGAAGACCGAGCACCCGUAUCACAUUCGACGUCUCACCGAGGCUCACAAGCCCGAGCAGCCCAGUGAGAAGGCCCGCAUCGAAGAGGCGGGUGGAGAAGUAAUCAACCGCAGCGGCACCCAUCGUCUCGGGAGCUUGAAUAUGUCCCGGGCGGUGGGGGACCUGCAGUACAAGAACCCGGUCAAUACGAUGGCGGCCCCGUCGGAGUCAGAGUCACGGGGGAAUUUCGUGUCCAAUGAUCCGUAUACCUCGCGGCGGACCCUGCACACGGACCGCCGAUACUUACUUUUGGUGGUCUCCGACGGAGUUACCGAUCGAGUGGAUGAUGCCAACCUGGUCCAGCACGUGAUGAGACUGUCGAUGCGGGGGAAACGAGCCAGUGAAAUUGCUCAGGAGAUUGCCACCAACAGUGCCAGUGGUCCUCAGAGUGACAAUGCGAGUUGUAUUGUGGCGAUGAUUGAUGGACGGGAGAGUGCAUAG